AUGGAUUCGAGCCCGAUGUCCUCAAGGCGCUAUGUGCCACAUAGUCCGGAUGGAGCAUUUCCUUAUUCCCAGGAAGACCUCACGCCCAUGGAGCCAGGGAAUGAUUCCAACUUUUAUGCUGCUCCGCGCUUUGUAACACACAUCGACGACAAUGCCAUCAAUAACGUGCGCAAGUAUUACGCGCAGGUCCUGCCUCGCAAAGGCCGAAUAUUGGACUUUUGUUCCAGUUGGAUCUCACAUUAUCCGGCUGAGGUCACCAAGGCAGCAUCGGAAGGGGAAGUCGAGGUGCUAGGCACGGGGAUGAACCGUGCUGAGCUGAGCAAGAAUCCUGUAUUGACACACUGGUCUGUGCAAGAUCUCAAUGAGGAUCCAGAGGUACACUUACCUGGCUCGACCGUGGGGAAGUUGGACGCAUCGACGUGUGUGGUGUCCAUCGACUACCUUACAAAGCCAGUUGAGGUGCUGCAGAGUAUUCGAAGGCAGACCAACCCGGGAGGAAAAGUGCAUCUGGUCAUUUCCAAUCGGUGCUUUCCGACCAAAGUGGUCGGAAGGUGGCUCAAGAUCGACGAGGAUGAGAGGCUCAAUAUGGUUGGGGACUAUCUGUGGUGGAGCGGAUGGCGCAAUAUUGAGAUCCAGACGCUGGUGGAAGGAUCGUUCAUGACAGAUCCGCUGUGGGUGGUGAGAGGUGAGAACAUUGAGGGCGCUGGCUGA